UCCCAAAAGCUGUUACUAUAGUGACUAACAGCACCAGCGCCUGUGAGGCUAGGCUAAGCUAAACUCCACUCGCUGCUUUUACGGACCUGCGCAAACAUUUUCUGGCUUUUUAACCCUUCCGUUUUAUAAUAUAAGGACAUUUUUCACUUUGAGAAAUGAGUAGUGAUAUUUUUAUUGCAUUUAAGGGUGUUUUUGACUGAGGUUGAGGAUACAUGACUUCCAGAAAGGCUCAAGAGAUGGGGGACAUUCUGGCAAAUGAAGCAGAUCUCCUUUUAAUGAUAAAAGAGUACCUGAAGUUCUCUGAGUUUGAGGAUACGGUGAAGAUCUUUGAGAAGGAAUGCAAGAGCAAAGGAAAACCUGUGCCAAAAACACCAAGCAGCCCUCCUGUAGACUCCAAAAUCCUAAUCAUCCAGAAGGAUCUGAUCAGCUCAUUCGAUGAUGGUGAUAUGAAGGUGUUUUUUGAACUGUGGGCAGAAAACGUCCCUGUGGAUAUUCGGGACAGUGAUCCGAAUGUCCAGAAACUGGAAUUCUAUCUACACAUUCAUUUUGUAAUCUACCCACUGAAGAACAAUGUUGGAAGACAGGAUAAAGCUGACUUUGAUGAGCGGAUUAGCCACUUUAAGCACUACCUGGAGACCCGGGGGGCAGCACUGAGCCAGACCACAGAGUUUCUGCCCUUUUACGCUCUGCCCUUCGUACCCAAUCCUGCAGUUCACCCGUCCUUUCAGGAACUCUUCCAGGACUCCUGGGCUCCAGAUUUAAGGAAAAAGCUUGAGAAGUUCUUGACUACGAUACUGACUUCCUUAUCUUCACCCAGGCUGCUCAGUUUAUACAGAGAGAGCACAAAAAGCAGCAAAGAGAGCCUUAAGCAGAUGCAGGCACAGCUGGCUGAGGCAGAGAAGAAAGCUUCCAGCUACAUGCAGAGGCAUGGUAAGAUGCAGGCGGACUACCACAACCUCAUUGGAGUGACUGCCGAACUGGUCGACUCGCUCGAGGCAACGGUCAGCGGGAAAAUGAUUUCCCCUGAAUACCUUCAGAAUGUGUGUACGCGUCUAUUCAGCGGGCAGAUGGGACAGAGCAUGGUGCAGAGCAUCGACUUCACGAGGCCUGGAACAGGAUAUUACUCUAUGACCCCUUAUGAUGAUGGAUAUGCCUCCUCCAUGCUACGAGCAUCUAUUGCAGCACAGAGGCCCAAAGAUGUGCCAUUGCUGCCAUCAUUGGACUACGACAAGCUUAAAAAUGACCUAAUGACCGGCUCGGAUAGACUGAAGGCCCUGCUGCUUCAGGCCCUGCGCUGGAGAUUGACUCGCACUGUUCAGGGAGAGCAGAGGGACACGGUUCUGCAGGCUUACAUCAGCAAUGACCUGCUGAACUGCUGUAAACCCAAACAGAAAUCUGUUCUUCAGCUUAUCAGAUCUAAUAAUGAAAUCGUCCGGCAGUACACGGCUCGACUCAUCAAUGCCUUCGCCUCAGUGUCAGAGGGUCGUACGUAUCUGUCUCGGUUCCCCUCGUUGCUGAAGCUGCUGGUGGACUGUCUGCAGACGGAGGAGAAAGACUCUGUGGCCAGAGAGAAUGUACUGGGGGCGAUGCAGAAACUCAGCCUCAGGAGGGUCCAUCAGUCAGCUCUGAUCAGAAAUGGAAUGAUUGGUUGGCUGGUGGAUGAGCUGCAGGAUUCAGACUGUUUAUCUGAUUACACGCUGGAGUACGCCGUGGCCCUGCUCAUGAACCUCUGCCUCCGCACUCAGGGAAAGAAGAAAUGCACAGAAAAUACCAAGCAUGUCCUGAAGGUUCUAUCAGACCUCCUGGGUCACGAGAAUCAUGAGGUCCGGCCCUAUGUGAAUGGAACUCUGUAUAGCAUUCUGAGUGUUCCGUCUGUGCGACAGGAGGCCAGAGCCAUGAGUAUGGAGGAGAUCCUGCGCUGCUACACUAAGGAGGAGAACCCUGAGCUGAACAGACAGAUCCAGUUUAUUAUCGAUGAGCUCAAUUCAGUGGAGGAACCCCAAGAUGAGCCCGAUUCAGAGGAUGAUGAGGAUGAUGAGGACGAUGAUGAGGAGGAUGUAAUGGAGGCAGAUUUGGAUAAAGAGGAGGUUCUCCAGCCCCAACCUAAAGAACUGUCUGGAGAGAACCUGCUAACCACAGAGUACCUGGGAAUCAUGACGAACAUGGUGAAGGGGAAGCAGAGGUGGAAAGGUCUUUCGGCUCAGAGCUCAGACGAACCGCUCCAGAGACCCGUCACACCCAGUUCACACCGAAACACCAUGGGUUCCCGAGCUGGUCGUGAUGGGACAGACCUCUCUAGUCCAUUUCACUCCCCCUUCCCCUCCCGCCCCCCAACUCGCAGCGGCAGCCGGCCAAGCACCAGUGACUCCACCCAUCGUGCACUGGACUCUGAGUGCUGGCGCUCGUCACAGGAGUCUUUGGGGCCGCCUGACACACACAGCAUCAACGGACACUCACAGAGUGACCUCGCCCCUGGCUUGGCAACCCGACCCAAGAUUCCUCGCUCUCCCGACAGUGAUGCAGGGCGACCCAGACUGCCCCUGCUUGGCCCCAAAUUUUCCCAGUGCGAGCCGCAGCAGAGCAGCAGACCCAACAGCGCCACACAUAGUGCUCACAGCAGCCAGUCCAGCAGGAAGUAAAGAGGAGAAUGCGAGUCUCCUGAGGAGCGUCCAGCUUCCUGUAAUGCCAUCCAGCCACCUUAUCAGGGUCAGCGCCGCACGGCCGGGGGCAGCAGGAACAAAGCUGCCUUUCACCCCACACCGUAACCCAACACGCUCCACCAAUAAUCACAACAAGCACCCGUAUUAUCCACAGCCCCCAGUCUGUCCACCUCACUCCUUUCUUCCUGCUCUCGCUCUUCAUCUCUCGCUCUCUUUUUCUCUCUCUUUCCCUCUCUUUCUGUCUUUUAGGCUCCUUUUUUUCCUAUGCUUUUCAUUCCCUACUUUCUUCCUUACUCUCUAUCCAUAUCAUCUCCCUCUGUCUAUGUCUCUCUUCAUCUUUUAGGCUCUUUUUUCUUUUCCUCAUUAUUUCUUUUUUUUUUCUCACUAUAUCUGUUGUCUCUGUCUUCCCAAUUGUCUCUCUCUAUCUCUCUAUCUCUCUCUUCAGCCUUUGGGCCAUUUUUUUUCUUUUUUUCUUACUUUCUUUUUUUGCUCUCUCUGCCCAUUGUCUCUUUAUCUCUGUCUAUCCCAUUGUCUCUCUCAUUCUCAUUCACUCUAUUUCAUCUUUUUGUCUUUUGGGCUCUUUUUUUGCUGUAUAACUCUAACUUUCUUUUUCACUCUCUCUCUCCCAGUUGUCUCUCUUUCUCUCACUAUUUCUCUCUCCCCUGUUUUUUCUCUCCUGUCUUUUAAGUUCUUCUUGUUAUUUUCUCUCUGUCUCUCUCCCGUACUAUCCACAGCCCCCAGUCUGUCCACCUUACUCCUUUCUUCCUGCUCUCGCUCGUCAUCUCUCUCUCUCUCCUUCCCUCUCUCCCUCCCCUGUCUUUUAAGCUCCUUUUGUGAGCUUAUUUUGCUCUUGAAUUCUUUUUCUCUCUGUCUACCUCCUUGUCUCUCUCUUCUUUCACUCUUUUGUCUUUGCUAUUUAAUUCCUUUUAUUCCCCUCUUUCUUUCUGUGUCUCUUUCACUCUUUCGCCUCCCUCUUUUUUCCCCCUCUGUUUCAAAUCAUCUCUCUCUCUCUCUCUCUCUCUCACUUUCUCUUACUGUUGCACUUUACAAAAGAUAGAUACACAGUAAAGUCAGAAUAUUAUGAUUACCUUCAUUAUGUCUGCACUUAUUAACCAUUAUAUCAGCUUCACUCAGCAUAAAGGAGCAUUGUUGUUAUAUAAUCACAUUUGUUGUCAAUCUGUUUCUGUACGUACUUUAUAAUAUGCUUUUCUCCCUGUUCUCCAAUGCUCAGGACCCCUCAGAACCACCACAAAGCAGGUAUUAUUUGGGUGGUGUGUCAUUCUCAGCACUGCGGUGACUCUAGGAGUGUUGGAAUGUUGGUAUGAGUGGAUCAGAGAAAGCAGUGCUGCUGGAGUUCUUAAACACUAACUGUUCACUAACUGUCCUUCACUAUAUUAGACACUCCUACCUAUAGCUGCUUCACUUUUUAGAUGUAAAGUCUAAGAACCGAAACUCUGAUUUUGCUUCACAGUUUGCGUUAGUCAAGUCCUCUAGUCCUUCAUGAGUGGUCACAGGAUGACUUUGCCCACAGGACACUUGUUCUGGGUGGUGGACUAUUCUCAGUUGCUGAGUUGUUUAAAAACUCCAGCAGCACCGCUGUGAAUAAUUUACUCACAUGUGGUGAGAAUGACCCAUUUUGGGUCCUGUUCUUUGAAGAACAGGGUGAAAGGUGGAUAAUAUAUAAUAAGGUAGUCUGCAGUUGAACUGCAGACUAUAUAAUAAAAAUGCUCCAUCACAUGCUCAUUGAAGCUGAUAAAAUAGACAGCGAAUGUAGAAACAUGGACGUUUCAUGAUAUUCUGACUUGACUUUGUACUUGUAUACAUAUCUAGUACCUUCAUUUGUGAUACAAAAUCCAUUGCUGAAGUUCUGCAUUGUUUUGUUUUUAAUGUUUUUAUUGUUUUCUAUUAUUUUUUAGUUAUAGUUUUUAAUGCUGGUUCAUGCUGGUUAUGCCUGUUGCCUUUAUAUUUUGGAAAUGAUGGCCACCUGAACAUUAUUUGAUUCAUUAUUUUAUUUUAAACACUUUAUCUGGACGGUUCUCAGCGAACAAACAUUUAAUCAGUCAAUCACUCGACUGAGAUCAGCUACAUCAGAUUUGUGUAUAACCUGAUCAUCAGCAGGUUAGCUAUGUGGAGCUGUCUGAAUAAAGUGGGGCAGAAUUCUGUAGUAUCUCUUUAAUUCCUGUCGGCUUGAGUUUCAACCCCAGGGUCCUGAGACAAUGCGGACAUGUGUUCUCACCUGACCCAGGUCAUGAAAGGCUGGGUAAUUAGAUACUGAGAAAAUUCAGGUGCGCUAGCACAGGAUGAGUGAAUUGUCAUUUUGUAAAGAAUAAGAACGUGAGGAGAAUAAGUGUAAACAUAUCUCACAUUGUCUCAUAACCGUCUCUAUUCUAAAUUGCCUGUAUCCGAUAACACUAUUAAUGAGCAGCUCUAGAAUUGAUAAUAUCUGCAGAAACUCUAAAACGUCUUUAAUUCUACAGUAAAGAAGAUGUAAUUGUCCAGUUUUUAUUCAGAUAGCUUGAACUGAGAUGUUAAAGUUCAGAAAAAGCCUGUUUAUACAAAACAGAGUCUAUAGCAUAGACUUAUGAGCAGCCUAUGCUGUUGUCAGCGUUUAUACUUGUACGUUCUUGUGUUUGCGCUGCUCUGCAUUUUCUGCAACUAAGGUGGGAAUGUGUCCUGUAGGCAGGAACACAAGCCUCAGCAGACCAGUCACAGCUGCAACUGUCUCUGUUGAGUGAUGUGUAUGUACAUUUCUGGCAAGGUACAUAUCAGGCUAUGUUGUAUAUGUAGACUACAGCUAUACAGAAGUGUAAAUAUGCCUUAAGGCUAAGCAUUUAUCUGAAAAGCUGCUCUAUCUGUGUCUUUAUGUAAGAUUACUGAAAUCUAUUACUGUGUGAAUGCUUUAAAAUCUCAGUUAAUCAGUUAGCGAUAAUAACGCUAAAUUAGCGUAUGCUAAUAUUGCUAACGAUAUGUCUUACAGCUCUGUUGCUUGUAAAUAAUAGUUUGAAGUCUCACGGCACAACACAGCAAGUGUAGUAAAGUGACGAACAUCCCCAUUAAACUGGAGCAGAAUCAAGCAGCCUUAAAGCAUCAUUAGAAAGAAAUUACCAUUUAAUGCUUGUGGGUUUUUUUUUUUGUUUGUUUUUUUGCUUUGCUGUGUGUAAAUAAUUUUGCUGGAUAUGAACUGUGAUAUUUUUGUACUUUAAUUGUAAUGAAUUUGAUAUGAAUAAACUCAUAUUCAUCCAAA